CACGGAGGAACCAAACUUGAGGACGUCUUCGUCUUCGGAGAGACUUUCCCUGUUUGUCCUCCCUCUUUCCUUCUCUCUGUUCGGGAGUGGUAGAAACUCUUCCCGGGGAAGGCGUUCCCCCCCACCCAUGUGACCAUGUUCAGGAACGCCACGCGCCUCUCCCCGGGUUCCUUCCACCGGAUAUUUCCUCGCUUCGCCAUCGAACCCGCCGCCAACUCGCCGUCCUCGCCGCUCAUUCAUGGCAGUCUCCACCACCGGGCGGCCGUGUCGCUUCCACGGCCGAGAGGAAUCGCGUCCAAUCCUUCGUCAGUGGAGAUAGGGAUCGCAGGAGGGUCGGAGAUCGGGAGGGUGGGGGGUCCACUUUCGGCGCUGCAUCACUACGGCCGCUGCUACUGGGAGCUCUCUAAGGCCCGGCUUAGCAUGCUUGUAGUAGCUACUUCUGGAGCCGGUUAUGUCCUUGGCAGCGGCACUACAAUUGAUUUUGCUGGAUUAUGCUGGACAUGUGCUGGUACAAUGAUGGUUUCUGCUGCUGCGAACUCCCUAAAUCAGGUUUUUGAGGUAUCUAAUGAUGCUAAGAUGAAAAGAACCAUGCGAAGACCUUUACCUUCUGGGCGUCUUAGUGUUCCUCACGCGGUCAUGUGGGCAUCUUCUGUUGGACUUGCGGGCACUACUUUAUUGGCAUGGAAGGCUAAUGCUUUGGCGGCAGGAUUGGCAGCUUCAAAUCUUGUACUUUAUGCUUUUGUUUAUACUCCUUUGAAGCAAUUACAUCCAGUAAAUACAUGGGUUGGAGCAAUUGUUGGAGCCAUCCCCCCACUCAUUGGGUGGGUAGCAGCAUCAGGGGAUAUUACACCUGGGGGGAUGAUUCUUCCUGCUGCAUUGUACUUUUGGCAGAUACCACAUUUUAUGGCUCUUGCCUAUUUGUGUCGAAAUGAUUAUGUUGCUGGAGGGUUCCGAAUGUUCUCCUUUUCUGAUGCCUCUGGAGAACGAACAGCAUUGGUGGCUUUGCGCAAUUGCCUGUAUCUGCUUCCAAUGGGGUACUUUGCAUAUGACUGGGGGAUGACUUCAGGAUGGUUCUGUCUUGAGUCAACACUUCUUACGUCAUUCAUAUCUGCUGCUGCCUUGUCAUUUUACCUUAAUCGCACCACAAAGAAUGCAAGAAGGAUGUUUCAUGCGAGCCUUCUCUACCUUCCAGUAUUUAUGGCAGGAUUUCUUUUCCAUCGCUUGCCAAAGUUGGAGGAGGACACUAUGACAGCUGAGACCAGAGGGCUUGCGGAGUCCCCUUCAGUGGGUGUGUGUGUGGAGGAGAAGCAUGACACAGAGAAUAAAACGAAGCCAUUGAAACAUCCACUUUCUGCUCAAGCACGUUCUCCUGUUGCUCAUGCCUCAAUUGCUCCAUUUCCCUUCUUGCCUGCUCCAAUAUAUGCAUCCUUAGAUUCAUGAUUUUGCUGACUUCCUGGACAUGCCUUUACCAUGAUAAUCAAUUUCAUUUUCAGCUUAACAUGAUGCCCUUGUUCUGGUCUUUGAACGACAAAUCUUUCAAGUGCGCAUGCCAAAAGUGCUUUGAUGUGCUUUGCAACUUCUUGACUUUGCUUCCCUUUUCCGGUUGUAAGCUUCCCUUGUUUUCUCUUUCUUGCGAUUAGUGUGUUUCAUUGUUUUUGUUCCUUCAACUUAUUGAGAGAAUAAAUUAUGCAUACAGACGGAACAAUCUCUCUCUCUUUUGGAAUGAUGUUUAUUUACAAAAGCAUGUACAUCAUUAUAGUCAA